UGCAAGAGAAUUUAAAUUUGCCCAGACGAUGAUCUUUGCAAUUGAGGAAAUAAACCAGGACCCUUCAAUUCUUCCUAACCAUACACUGGGAUACAAGAUAUACAAUCUCUGUGGAAUGUCAUCCAUUAUAAAGUCUGCUGUAGAUUUAGCCAGUGGUCAGAGGAUGAUCAUAGAUGAGAGGAACUGCACAGAGCCUGACAAUGUCCUGGCCAUAAUAGGCCACUCUGGCUCUACACCUACCAUGGGAUUUGCUCGGAUUAUGGGACGAUUUCAGAUACCUGUGGUGAGCCACUUUGCAACCUGUGCUUGUCUGAGUGACAGAGAAGAGUUUCCCUCCUUUUUCCGAACUAUUCCCAGUGAUCUCCACCAGAGCAGAGCUUUAGCAAAGCUGGUCAAGUUCUUUGGCUGGACCUGGGUCGGGGCAAUAAGUAAUAUAAAUGACUACGGCAUCAACGGAAUUACCAGAUUUAUGCACGCUGCACAAGAAGAGGGAGUGUGCAUCGAGUAUAACAUGGCGUUUGAGCAAACAGAUCAUCUUCGUGAGUUAAUGAAAGUGGUUGAAACUGUGAAGUAUUCCACGUCGAAAGUCAUUGUGGCCUUCAUGUCUCACAGAGAGAUUAAGGUACUUGCAGAUGAACUGUACAAACAGAAUAUCACAGGACUGCAGUGGGUUGGCAGCGAUGCCUGGAUCACAGAUCAUUCUCUGACUGACACUGAAGGACACAACAUUCUUCUGGGCUCACUGGGCUUCGCUGUAAACCGAGCUCAGAUCCCGGGACUGGAGGAGCAUCUCAGGCGGCUCCAUCCCUCACACCUCCCUCACAGUCAGUUUGUCAGAGACUUCUGGGAGGACACGUUUGACUGCUCACUGAACGCAACUGCUGACACACGAAGAAAACCAUGCAGUGGUUCCGAGAGCUUGCAGAACACUGACACCUUUUUCACAGACGUUUCGGAGCUGAGAUUCACUCACAAUGUGUACAAGUCAGUUUAUGCAGUGGCUCAUUCUCUCCACAACCUGGUCACGUGUGAAGAGGGGAAAGGCCACUUCUCUGACAGGAGCUGUGCUGAUCCUGAGCACAUUCAACCAUGGCAGGUGCUUCAUUAUUUACAACAUAUCAACUUCACAACCCGUCAGGGAGAGAGAGUGACGUUUGACCAAAGUGGAGAUUCACCGGCAAGAUAUGAACUCAUCAAUUUGCAACACGUAUCAUCAGGGACCAUGGAUGUUGCCACUGUCGGUUUCUUUGAUGCUACGCUGGCUCAUGAGCGUCAGUUCAUGAUGAAUGGCGUGCAAAUUGUCUGGGGAGGAGGAAGUCGUACGGUACCCGUGUCAGUGUGCACUGACAGCUGCCCUCCAGGAAAGCACAAAGUCCUGCAGAAAGGAAAACCUGUUUGCUGUUAUGACUGCAUACCGUGUCCGGAUGGAGAAAUUAGCAACAUAACAGACUCUGUGGAAUGCAUCAAAUGUCCCAUUGAAUAUUGGCCAAAUACCAGAGGAGACACGUGCAUCCUGAAGGAAAUUGAGUUUCUGUCCUAUUCUGAGAUCAUGGGAAUUAUUUUAACAAUAUUUUGUUUGGUGGGAGCAGUUCUGACUGUUUUAAUUGCAUUAGUGUUCUUCCACUACAGGCAGACUCCCGUUGUCAGAGCCAACAACUCUGAGCUGAGCUUCCUGCUGCUCUUCUCCUUGACUCUGUGUUUCCUGUGCUCUCUGACCUUCAUCGGCCGGCCGUCAGAGUGGUCCUGCAUGCUGAGACACACUGCGUUCGGCAUCACCUUUGUCCUCUGUAUCUCUUGUGUUCUGGGGAAAACCAUAGUUGUUUUAAUGGCCUUUAAAGCGACACUUCCAGGCAGUAAUGUGAUGAAAUGGUUUGGACCCGCACAGCAGAGACUCAGUGUUCUGGCUUUCACUCUCAUACAGGUUUUAAUUUGUAUUCUGUGGCUGACGAUCAAACCUCCAUUUCCCUUAAAAAAUACAGAACACUAUAAAGAGAAGAUUAUACUGGAGUGUGCUCUGGGUUCACCUGUCGGCUUCUGGGCUGUGUUAGGAUACAUAGGACUCUUAGCUUUGUUAUGUUUUGUUCUCGCCUUUUUGGCUCGAAAGUUACCAGAUAAUUUUAACGAAGCUAAAUUCAUCACAUUCAGCAUGUUAAUAUUCUGUGCAGUCUGGAUGACAUUUAUUCCAGCUUAUGUCAGCUCACCUGGAAAAUUCACUGUGGCUGUGGAGAUAUUUGCUAUUUUAGCCUCUAGUUAUGGACUUCUCUUUAGCAUUUUUAUUCCCAAAUGUUACAUUAUUUUACUAAGACCAGAGCAAAACACAAAAAAGCAUAUGAUGCGAAAACCAAAUGAUUCUCACUUAUGA